GUAUUAAGGAAGUCAGCUUUAUAUUUCUACAUAUCAAAUCAAGUUCUGCCUUCAGGUAGCAUGUCCAUGGCCUUCAGCACUUGCAAGCGCUUGUUCUGCUUUGCACUCGUGCUUGCCUUCGCUACUAUCCGCAUAGUGACUGCUGGAGAUGAAGAUAUCCUCUCAGAUUUUGUAGUCGCACCAAACUUCACAGUUGAUGACAGCUACUUCACACUUACCAACUUGAGGGCUGUUGUCGGGGCACCUCCGCCCACAAUCUUCAAGGUCUCGAAAGCAAGCCUUGCUGAAUUCCCGGCCCUCGCUGGCCAAAGUGUUUCCUAUGCGAUUCUCCAAUACCCGGCUGGCUCUAUCAAUCCACCUCACACCCAUCCUCGCUCUGCGGAGCUCUUGUUUCUCCUUGGUGGUGCCCUGGAAGUUGGGUUUAUUGAUACUACUAAUAAGCUCUUCACUCAGGUACUCCAAACUGGUGACUUGUUUGUAUUUCCAAAGGGACUUGUUCACUACCAGUUCAAUAGUGAUGCAAAUAGUUCAGCCACAGCAAUCUCUGCAUUUGGGAGUGUAAAUGCUGGAACUAUCUCAGUUCCAACAACUGUAUUCGCUACCAACAUUGAUGAUGCGAUCUUGGCAAAGUCCUUCAAGACUGAUGUUGCUACCAUUCAGAAACUCAAGGCAGGGCUUUCCCUCAAGGCCUGAGAAAGAAAAGGGCCAACUUAAUAAAACACCAAAAUUAUUUUGAUUCUCAGAAAUUUUUGUGGGGGGUAGAGAGAUUACAUUCAAUGUUAAACUGAAAUGGUAAUGAAAUAAUAGUGAACUACUCUUUUUGGUCAAGACCAGAUUGUCUCAUGUUCAUAGUUUCUUGUGGUUGACACUCAA